CGGCAGUUCCUCAGCCCCGCGCGGGGCCGCCCGGAAGGAAGGGCGGCGUCUGUCCGUGUCCGUCUGUCCGUGCCGUGACGGAGCGGCCAUGGCAGCGCCCGGGCCCGGCACCGCGGAGCCGAGCAGAUUCCCCCCAUGGACUACAAUAUUAUCAAUGUGAUCUAGAAAAGGGUUUGUACAAUGAAAUGGCAGAAGUUGUUCCAGCGAAUUGGAAAAAUGACAAACCAGUCACUUUAGAUUGCAGAAGCUGAAGGAGAUGUUUAUAUCAAAAUUUGGAUCAGCUCCAAAGUUUUAUGUUCGUGCACCAGGGCGAGUCAACUUAAUAGGAGAACAUAUCGACUACUGUGGUUACGCUGUGCUCCCUAUGGCCAUAGAACAAGAUAUACUGAUUGCAGUAGAACCUGUGAAAACUCAAGUUCUGCAACUGGCAAAUACCAAUUCUUCAUAUCUGGAUUUCAGUAGUAGUGUUAAUAACAUUCAGAUUAACAAAACCAAACCUCAGUGGCAUAACUACUUCCUGUGUGGACUGAAGGGUAUUCAGGAACAUUUUGGUCUUAAUAACCCAACUGGAAUGAAUUGUCUGCUAGAUGGAACCAUCCCUCCAAGUUCUGGUCUCUCUAGCUCCAGUGCUUUGGUGUGCUGUGCAGGACUCGUGACACUAAAAGCUAAUGGAAAAACCCUCUCUAAGGUGGAACUUGCAGAAAUUUGCACAAAGAGUGAACGUUAUAUUGGCACAGAAGGUGGAGGAAUGGACCAGUCAAUCUCUUUUCUGGCAGAAGAAGGAACUGCCAAGCUGAUAGAGUUCAGUCCUCUGAGGGCAACUGAUGUUAGACUUCCAAGUGAAGCAGUGUUUGUUAUUGCUAACAGUUGUGUUGAAAUGAAUAAAGCAGCAACUUCUCAUUACAAUAUUAGGGUAAUGGAGUGUCGUCUGGCUACAAAGCUUCUCUCAAAGUCGAAAGGCUUGGACUGGAAAAAAAUGUUGAGACUCUGUGAUGUGCAAAUCAGCCUAGGAGUUAGCCUAGAGGAAAUGCUGACCAUUGUCGAGGAGGUAUUACAUCCUGAGCCUUACAGCACAGAGGAAAUUUGUAAAUGCCUGGGAAUUAGCCUGGAGGAGCUCCGCUCUCAGAUCCUGAGUCAAAACACGCAAGAUGUUUCCACCUUUAAGCUAUACCAGCGCGCAAAGCAUGUGUAUAGUGAAGCUGCCAGAGUGCUGGAAUUUAAGAGGAUAUGCGACAACACACCUGCCAAUGCAAUCCAGCUGCUGGGAGAAUUAAUGAACCAGAGCCAUAUCAGCUGCAGGGAAAUGUAUGAAUGCAGCUGUCCUGAACUGGAUCGGCUGGUAGACAUCUGCCUGCAAUUUGGGGCCAUCGGGUCACGUCUGACUGGAGCUGGAUGGGGUGGCUGCACUGUGUCAAUGGUGCCUACUGACAAGCUGGAUACUUUCCUAGAAAAUGUUAAAAAAGCUUAUUACCAAACCGAUGUGCAAAGGUUAGCGCUGGAGAAGAACAGUCUGUUUGCUACCAAACCUGGAAGAGGAGCUUUGGUUUUUGCUGAGGCCUAAAGAACAUAAAAAUUUUAAAGAAACUAUGUAGGGUAUUUAGAACUGGCAGUACUUCCCAUGCCACAGUAAAUGAAUGCCUUUUCUGGUUUUCAUUGUAAUGAGCAGACACUAUUAUCAAAAUAUAUUUCUGAAGAAGUGAUUAAAAGAAAAUUCUUUGAUCAUUAAGCCUUUUUUCAUACGAAAAGUAUCUUUCAGUGUAAACUUGGAUGUACAAAACCUUGUGACAAGGAAAACUGAAGUUGAAAUAAAGAGCAUACUUUGUUACA